AUUGGUUAACUAUUCAGCUUGGAGAGACGAAGCUGAAACGCAAACACGGAUUUUCUUUGGGAUAAACGCACAGGCCUCGCCGCUAAAACGAUGCCUCAUUCUAGGCGGUAUGCAUCGUCAGAGCGUGCCAGCCGCAGCAGCUAUCAGGAACGAUUUCGUGAGCGAGAUAGAGAGCGAGUGAGAAAGCCCCGACACCGACGUUCACGCUCCUAUUCUUCCAGUACUGAUCGGGAUCGCAGGGGACGAGGGCACAGACAUGAGGGCAUGUAUGCACGUUCUAGGAGUUACGACAAUCGUUCUGUGGAACGCCGGACAUACGAAAGACGCUAUGGCGAGAGCUACUGGCGACAGGAUCACAGCCGAGAACGUGAUCGGGGGACACAGGACGGCUUCCAUUCACGCGACGCCUCGAGCAGUUAUGACUACCGCCGCGCACACCAACGGCACAAAGGCAGCAGGCGUAAGCACAAACGAAGGCGGCGUAGAACCAGGUCCUAUAGCCCAUCCACCUCGCGGAGUGCCAGCGGGACGAGGGCGCUGUGUGUGAGGGACGACGAGGAGGGUCACCUGAUCUGUCGGAGUGGCGACGUCCUGCAAGAGAGAUAUGAAAUAGUUGGAACCUUGGGGGAGGGCACCUUCGGCAGGGUAAUGGAAUGCAUCGACCAUCGCAGGGGUGGAGCCCAUGUUGCUCUGAAAAUCAUAAAAAAUGUUGAGAAGUACAAGGAGGCAGCACGGCUAGAAAUCAACGUACUGGAGAGGAUUAAUGAGCGAGACCCUGAAAACAAAAAUCUGUGUGUACGGAUGUUCGACUGGUUUGACUACCACGGUCACAUGUGUCUCAGCUUUGAGCUGUUAGCACUCAGCACUUUUGACUUCCUGAAGGAAAACAACUACGUGCCCUAUUCAAUCAGUCAGGUCCGGGACAUGGCCUUCCAGCUCUGCAUAGCUGUCAAAUUUUUACAUGAAAACAAGCUGACCCACACGGAUUUAAAACCAGAAAACAUUCUGUUUGUCAACUCUGAUUUUAGCAUGACGUACAACGUAGAAAAGAAGAGGGAUGAGCGUUUAGUGAAGAGCACUUCAGUAAGGGUUGUAGAUUUCGGAAGUGCUACGUUUGACCAUGAACACCACAGUACAAUAGUCUCCACCAGGCACUAUCGUGCACCUGAGGUCAUACUUGAACUGGGUUGGAGCCAGCCUUGUGACGUGUGGAGUGUUGGCUGUAUUCUGUUUGAGUACUACCUUGGCUUUACACUUUUUCAGACUCACGAUAAUAGAGAGCACUUGGCCAUGAUGGAGAGAAUAUUGGGACCUGUCCCUUCUAGGAUGAUCCGCAAAACCAGAAAACAAAAGUACUUUUACCGUGGACGUCUAGACUGGGACGAAAGCUCCUCUGCAGGAAGAUACGUUCGGGAGAACUGCAAGCCCUUGCGGCGAUACAUUCUUUCUGAGGCUGAGGAGCAUCACAGACUGUUCGACCUCAUCGAAGCCAUGCUGGAGUAUGAGCCGUCAAGGCGCAUCACUAUGUCGGCGGCACUUAGGCAUCCGUUUUUCCAAAGUCCCGUCACUGCUAGCGAUCAGACGCCUGGAAAGAGCUGGGAAGCCAAUCGGGACAUUAGCCGGUGACAUUUGGCUCCACCUGCCUUUGUUAAGCACCCAUAAACGCUGCAGCUUUCUCUGACAUCCUAAAGUUGGUAUGUUGGGAAAACUGUUUGGGGUCACCUGGUAAAAGUUUUACUGAGGUAUUACCAAGGUGGACUAAGUUAAAGGGGUCUUAACGUCUAGAACUGUAGUAUUUAAGGUGACACAAUAAGGAAUUGUUUUGUCUUAAGUUGUGGGUUGUUACUUAUAUGUCCUAUAACAGCAGGUCAAUAUUUACCCAGCUAUCAGAUCAUCAGCCGUCACGUCUCAUUCUUACUGCAGUUUGUAAAUGUUCUCAAGCAAAGUCUUCCACGCAUCCAGGAGUAAAUGGUAGGAACUGUUGACAAUACAAAGUAGUGGAGGAGUUUUAAGGAUCUGCUGUGGCAUAUACAGCCAAGUUUGCAUUGAGAUGACUGGUUCAAUCUGUUGUAGCAGGUCAAAAAUAUGGUAUUUUUUAUAGGUUUUGGAGAAACAUUCAUAUGAAAAUGAAUUGUAGCAGCAAAUGGAACGGUUGCCCCCUAUUUUGAUUGGAUAAAAAUUGUGGUGCCGCUCGUUCACCGGAAUAAGCUUAGUUCUUCCAGUAGGCUCGUUCACUAUUGAACAGUCAGCAGUCGAAGAGAUGCUUUUGUGUAGAAGCACUGCUCUUUGAAAGACCUGUCCAUCACGAGCUACUGUUUUCCAAUCUAGCGCAAACUUUUAAAGACUCCUUUUGAAUUGUCAUGAUUGAGUGUGGCUAAGAAACACACACGAACUUGUUUUGUAUUGAACUGUUUGAGCUUUUUUUCAUGUAAUGAAGCACAGAGUUUGUGCCCUUGCCAUUAUUGCCAGCACAGGUUUACAGUAUUUAUUUCACCCAGCAUUAUUUUUGUUUUGCGUUUUUAUAUGAAGAUAAAUGUGUAAAUCUGUACAUACAAAUAUAUAUGUAUCUGAUUGUAUAGAAUAAAGGUUCUGUCUGUC